AUGCCCUUCGGAGCUUCUCACAAACCACUCGUCUUCCUAGCUCAUUCCGCUAUCGCCUCCUUCUUCAGACGCAUCGAGGUCUACGGCUCGGACAAUGUACCCCAGGAAGGUCCCAUCAUCUUCGCUUGCAGUCAUGCCAAUAUGGCCGUGGACCCGUCGGUUUUGAGCUCAACCGUUCCCCACGGCUAUUCUUUGCAUUACUGGGUCAAAGAUUCUCUUUUCAAGAACCCAGCCCUUGGGGCCCUCCUCCUCAAUGCUGGCAACAUCCCCGUCGAUAGAAAGACCAAGAACAAUCAAAAGCUAUUCCGAGGUACUUUUGAAGUGCUUGCCUUGGGCGAAUGUAUCGGGGUCUUUCCAGAGGGAACAUCCCACACUGAACCUCAUCUCAUUCCUCUGAAGGACGGAACGUCGUGGGCAGCCCUGGAAUAUGUACGUUAUCUCUUGGGGACAGAAGAAAACGGAGGCCCCAAGCCAGGGAAGAAGGCAGUGAUUGUACCAGUGGGCAUAGCGUACAGUGACAAGUCACAUUACCGGAGUAAAGUAGUUGUGCACUAUGGCCGGCCCAUUGAAACGGCUGCUUACGAAGAGGAGUUCUUAAGCCCAGAAGAAGGCAUAGCUAAGAACGUUGUAAAGCGCCUGACGAGGACCAUUGAGAUCGAGUUGAGGAAAAUGACAGUUAACGCUCCUGACUGGGAAACGGCUUUUGCGGCGCAAAUGGCCAGAGAGUUAUUAUGGGAAGAUGAAGACGCCUUGGCGUUGACGGACUUCGUGGACGUUUCUCAGACACUUGUGGACCUGUUUACGACCACUUCGAACGACCGCAUCACUAAACUAAAAGCACUACUGGCCACUUACCAUAGACUGCUCACUUCUUCCCGGAUUUCAAAUUCUGCUUUGACAGAUAUACCUCUUCCUCAAACUCUAGACCCAUCUCUCAAGAUAUCUCUCCCGUCUCGCUUUUCCCCUCUGUGGCUGCUCGUCAAGGACUCCCUCGUCGCGGCCGUCCAACUCCCGUUCUUCGUCGUUCCCCUGCUCACUCAUCUACCGGUGUAUAUUGUUGGAGUACUCGGUGCGAGACUGGUAGAGGAUGAGCUCGAGACACAAGCGCAGAUGAAGAUUGCAUUUGGUCUGAUCUUGAGCUUCCUCACAUACCCAGUCCUGUUCUUCACCUUCUGGGCCAUGUUCCGGCAAUUCACCCUCGGCGUGGCUUUAGCGGCUGGACUUGUGUGGCUUCUUGGCAGAUACCACUCAGCAUUGAUUGAUCCCAACUAUAAUGCGAUGAAACGGCUCGUGGCUGCGUGGCGUAUCUUGAUUGGCCUGUGGCUUCCUCAACAAUUUGACAUGCCUUUGCCCUCCUUCAUCGCUUCGUCAUCGCUUUUCGCCCCGGAUCCUCCCAAAGUUGCCGGCUUGCCACCACAAGCGACUCCUGAGAAGUACAAGCGCCCGAAACGACUCCCCUCCCGAGUCCUCGUUCGACACGUGCUACGCAUCCGUCUCGAGGCCGCCAGAGAACUGGCCGAUGUUCUCCUUCAGCUAGAACAAACCGACGGCGAGCUCUACUCAUCUCCAUGGCUGGCGGAGUCAUACGGAGGCGAAGUGUUGAACAUCUCGAAGGAGGACGAGGAGCGACUCGAGUGGGAGCGACCUUUGCCCGUCGGCAGACGUGGAGGAAAGGAGGUUGUGGGAUUCUUGAGGACCAAGGGGGGCAGAUUGGGGCUGGGACACGUGGGUGGGCAUUGGGCUGCUAGUGAUGGGGAAGAGACGGACGUGAAGGGCAGUGACGAGGCAUCAUAAUCUUUGGUAUGCUUGACGAAAAGGUUUCGUAGUGAUGUUCUGUAGGACUAGAGUGAUGGACGAAAGUGCUCCUUC